ACGAAUAGCCGGUUUAUUUUAUAGCGAUUUAUUGUCAUCUUGUGAGGUUGUUUGUUAAGUUAUUGUGCUCAAAAAUGUAUUGCCGCUUGUGUUUAUUUCAAGCGCAAAUCUUCAUUCCGUUGCGUGAUGAAAGUGGCAAUGUUUCCACUGAUAUUUUAAGCACAGUGGAGAAAUAUACUCGGGUGGAGCUUACUAGUGAAGAUUGCAUUUGCGUCAGCUGCUGGUCUAGCGUAGAUAGCUUCAGAAAGUUUUGUUUGUUGGUGGCCGAAAGGCAAUCGCAAUAUGCAUGGAGCAGGGAAUUGGUCACACAGGAAGAAGACAUAUUUGAAAGUGCUGAGGGAGUAACAGCAACGAAAAAAGAUGCGAAAGCCUGCUUGGAGUCAUUAAAUGCAAAUCUAGAGCGGACAAAUGAAUCUGAAGCCAUAGGAAGUGCGAACAGUAGCAUAGUGAGUGAGCAGAGAUACCGGAGGGAAAAUGACGGUAUAAAUCUGAAGACGCCUAGGAAGUCAGAGUAUGAUUUUGAUUGUAUGGAUGUCACCGCUGGAGAAAGGGGAACUUACGUAGCAGCAAUACCAGAGAAGCCAAUAUGUUCUGAAGCAGAUGCCAAUAUUGCUACUUCAGUGGAAUGCCUGGCCAUGGAGGAACAAGAAAUGUGCUCAGAGGAAUUUUAUUUGCAGCACAAGCAAGAUAGGAAUGAUAGAGUGGAAUUGCUCUUAUUACAGAAUAAUGAAACAAACACAACAUCAAAUAAAAUACAAGCAGAAGCGAUUUCCAAUCAAACAGAAUCGCCGCAAAGGUGCGUUAAGAAAUUAGCCAAUGAAGAAAACCAUUCAAUUUCGCUCAGCACACGAAAACUGGGACGCCCACGACGAAGCGAUGCCGCAAGUCAAGCAGCAGAUGACCAAUUGAUUGCUAGUCACAUGCAGCUCUUCUGCGAGCUGUGCAAAUUCGAGGCAGACAACUUUAAAGCAUUGAAAGAUCAUUUCAAGGCGAUACAUAAUAGCAACGGUUAUGUAGUUUGCUGUGGAAAGCGGCUGUAUAAGCUUGGAAUUUUAAUAGAUCACAUAAAUGUGCACCGCAAUGCCGCUUACUUUUCCUGUUCCAGCUGCGGCUCGCACUUCGCAGAUCGGCUAUGUCUGCGCAAUCAUCUACUUUUGAAGCAUCAGAAGCCCGCAGAGUCACCACUUCAGUGCACGACUUGUGGCGUGCGAUUUGCUAAGGUGCGCUUUCUGCAGCGACAUGUGCGUAAACAUGAAGACGUCAACGCGUGUGAUCUGUGUGGUAAGGAAAUGCCCACGCGCGUUACAUUAAAUGCCCACAAGCGCUUGUGCCAUGGGAGUCAGCAGCAGCAGCGCCAGCAUGCUUGCAGUAUAUGCGCGCGAAUUUUCAAAACUGCAAGGCGACUGAGGGAGCACAUGGCAACCCAUACGGGCGAGUAUCUAUACCGCUGCAACUAUUGUGAUAAGCCCUUUAAAUGCGCUUCCAAUUUACAUGCACAUCGUAAGUGGAAACAUCCGGCUGAAUGGGGGCGAGAUCAGAGUGUGAAAGCAUCAAAGGAAAAUACUUCAAGUGCAUUUCGGCAAUCAAACCCUGUUUAGGUCGGCAAAAUCUUUUAAACGUUGUUUGUCCAUUUGGCAACAUCUUCUACGCAUUCUUCUGCUCAGAGCUGGCAUCGAGUCAAAUCCUGGACCGGUAACCUGGACUGGAAACCUUCACCUCCUGCGUAUGCCAGAGACGAUUGCACCCAAACUCCACCUCAAUCAGGUGCAAUACCUGAAAUGGGUGGAUUCACCUUAGAACCUUCUCUGAGCUUAGAACUCACUGGAAGUGGACCUCGGCAUUUGUGACCCCAUGUUGUUUAAACCGAAUGCACACCAGAGUUCAUCUGAGCAAUACAUGCGCAACACGACCACAAAAAAAAACAACACAGCCAUAGCCCAGACACAACCAUACCCCCACCUACACGCCACCACCAACAGCUCCUAGUUCCUCGCACAAUAUACUCGCCGUGUCAGUUCGGGAUAUACCGUAAAGUUCAGAACUGCGCACCACGCGAAAAUGGACGAGCAACUUCGUACCCCCACAAAGCAGCAACCCCCAAAUGGAAUCACAUACAACAAAUGGCCGGCAGACAUCACCACAAAUAACUUACACUCCUAUUAGUCUCCUAAGGCACAUAAAGAUACUACAGUUUAACUGUAACAGACUACAGAGCGAGAUUGAGGAAAUAACCGUUUUCAUGGGUCGACAUGGAAUAUUGAAAGCUGCUCUCCAACAGACGAAGUUGCAUAGCAACUCAACAUUGUGGAGCUGCGUGGAGAUCGCCAGCGAGAUAAUGGUGGUGGCUUAGCAGGGGUACCAUCCCAGAAUGUCAGAGUACAUAUACACCCCUGACACUAGCUUCCCGGCAGGAUAUUACCCUAAUAUAGGUGCGCCCCUCAAAAGUGAAAACCGACUGAUAGUUGAUGACUUCAACGCGCACCACGAUAUCUUUGGCAUUCAAUUCAGUCGAAUGAUCAUUGGCGAAUACACUUGGCAGAGCAGAUAAAUAAUUCGACAUUCUGCACGAUGAACGACGACGCACCCACCAGGAUAUGGGCAGCUGCAAUAGCUCGCCUGACUUAACAAUUGUAAGCGCUGGUCUGAUAAACAGCAUAACGUGGCGACCUAUGCCGACUCUAGCAUCAGACCAUCUUCCCAUAGUCAUCUCGAUCGAUAAAUCUGCCCGAUUCAUUUCCGCUGCAUGCAUUUCGGACACCUUUCCGAACUUUCCAGCUGAUGAGCGUGACAACCUGCGCCAGGUCGAUCGCGAAAAUCCCCGCAUUGGGGAUCUCAACACGGAAUUCAGCAACUAUUAAAGUACCAUAAACGGAAGAAGUGGGAGGAGCGUCUCAUGAGCGAUGCAAGAGCUAUUUUAGCCGACAGUUCACGCUGCAUCCUUCGAUGGAUAAAGCACGACAGAAUGUGCAUGCUGAUGCUGAAAAAAUUGGGCCCUGCGGGAGAGGAUUAUCACAAUCUAUCCGUGGUCGUCGCUCCUGAUAUUUGAAAGGCGGGGAGAAUUGUCAUACCGGCCAACAAAAGGAAGACUUAUCUUCUGACCCCAGCGAGGCAUCAGCAGGGAUUCCGUAAAGUACAGAUUGCAACAACAGGAGUUAAUGCCAUAAAGACCCAGAAACUCGCGGCCUGAACCGAAACCGCCCCUAUGACAGAACAGUGCUACUAGCAUUGAAUCUGUCAAAGGCGUUUGACACCGUCAACAUCUCCAUGGUACUAGGAGGCAUUGAGGCUCCUUCUUGCCCGCAGGAACUCAAACGGUGGUCAGCGAAUUAUCUGAAAGGUCGACAUUCGUCAAGGAAAAUUAAACAGAGUCCUAAAGGGUGUGUCCUUUCCUCACUUCUGUUUAAUUAUUAUAUCUCAAAGCUUCCUCAAUCACCGGAGGGAGUCUCUAUUAUCUCUUAUGCUGAAGUAUGGGAUCUGUUCGAAAGUAAACGGUUACCUCUCCAAAAUUUCUCGCUUCUUCACUGCAAGGAGCUCAACCCUCUUAUUUACGAAAUUUUCGGCAACCUUUUUUUACCACCUGGACGAAGGAGAUCAGACUACAGCGGGGAAUUCAUGUCUAUGGUGAACCAAUUCCGACGGGGAAUAAGCCGAAGUAAACAUCGAUAGUCUGCACUCCUUCUCGGCGCAUACAACCGCAGUAGGGUACAGAGCGGCUGUAAGGUGCUCAAAUAUAAAGACACAUGGCAACUGGCAGGCCCGUGUGGUCAUCGGGGGACCAGCAGGACGCAGUGGACGAAGCUACAGCCCCACCUACAUGGCGUGGCUCAAAUGCUCCCUGUCAAGAAGCACAACACGAUGCUUUGUAAGCAGUUCUUAGUAGCAUGCCGCAGACAUGGGCACUCGAACAGAUCUCUGAUUGCCGCAGAGCUUCGUCCUGUGCCUCGGAAGACUCGCACCACCAUAGUCCAACUUCGCUCUGGCUACUGCAGCAGGUUAAACUUCUACCUGGGUAGGAUAAAUAAAUGCAGAUAUGCCCAAUGAGUGCACCGCAUCCGAAGAGGCAGAACGCCUCUCUUCCUAUAGACCCAGUUGGAGUGGCACACUUCCUGGGUCUCCUAUUAGUUGAGCCUGACGACAACGAUUGAAAGACAAGCCGAUAUAGGCAGGGCUAGGUAGCCGCUACAACAACAACAAAUUCAAGUGCAUAAUAAAUUUAGUAAAUUAAAUAAAUUUGUAAAAAUUCAAGCAACUCAAAUCAAAAUCAACCAUAUACCUCCUACCU